AUGAGACCCCUCGUCCGAGAGGAAGAAAAUAGGAGCAAUAUUGCCCAGGGUGAGAUCAGUAUCAUUGCUGGUGGGCCGACAGGCGGCAGCUUGGUCAACAUUAUUUUCAAGAAGGCAUUCGACCAACUUCAAAUCGACCAAGCCGAGCUGCUUCCAAUGACAACUCCAUUAUAUGGAUUCACCGCCAACGAGGUUUUGUCGGUUGGCCAGACCCGAUUGGCUAUAUCGCUAGGGGAGGAGCCGCUUCGAAGGAUGCGGACCUCUAACUUCAUUGUCGUCGAUGCCCCGUCCGCCUACAGCAAGAUCAAAUACCCCGUGGAGGACAAGGUGGGCGAAGUUAGAGGAGAUCAGCUGGCUGCCCGACGAUGCUAUGUGGAGAUGGUCCGAGCAGAGUCAAGAUCUGCUCGGAAAGCACCGCGGUUGGAGUCAACACACGAGCUACCAGGCAUCUCGCCAAGCGUUGCGCAGCACAAGCUCCAUGUCCGGCUGGACGCGCAGCCGGUGAAGCAGAGGAAGAGGGACUUUAGUGCUGAGCAGAAGGUCAUCAUCCAGGCGAAAGUCGAGAAGCUUCUGGAGGCUGGCCAUAUACAGGAGGUGCAAUUCCCGAGCUGGCUCGCGAACGUGGUUUUGGUCGCCAAGCCGGGUAACAAGUGGAGGGGAUACCACCAAGUCCCACUUGCCUGGAAUGAUCAAGAGAAAGUAAGUUUCAUCACGGCGGACGACACCUACUGCUACAAUGUGAUGCCAUUUGAACUGAAGAAUGCCGACGCCACAUAUCAGCGUCUCAUGAACAAGGUGUUCCGGAAGCAGAUCGGGAGGAACUUGGAGGUAUACGUGGAUGACAUCCUUAUUAAAUCACUCCGAGCGGUCAACCUAUGUGCAUAUAUAGAGGAGACCUUCCAUACACUGAGGAUGUACGGAGUCAAGCUAAAUCCUCAGAAGUAUCUCUUCGGAGCAAAGAGCGGUCGCUUUUUGGGCUAUAUCGUCACCGAGCGGGGCAUAGAGGCGAACCCCAGCAAGGUAAAGACAUUGCAGGACAUGCCACCUCCCUGA